AUGCCUUCUCCGAUCCCUGUCACCCGUCUGCUGCCCAAAGACAUCUUCCCCUCUCUUGAUAUGGGCAUCUGCAGCAGUCCGCUCACCAAACACUCCCACAGCUCCACGUUACAAGUCCCAGUGCGGCGGUUCCACGGAGCAACCACAAGCCGGCUGUGGUCCUCUGUGAUCAACUGGAAGGAGUUACGCUCCGUGCAGCCUGUUGGUUCCGGAGGGUUCGGCUCCGUCUACAGAGCGGCGUACUUUGGAGAGACUGUUGCGCUUAAGAAAGUCAAGAAGUGCACGAAGAACAAGCUGGCGUCCCGGCAGAGCUUCUGGGCCGAGCUGAACGCAGCACACCUGCGGCACAGGAACAUCGUUCGGGUCAUCGCUGCGACCACCUGUGUACCGGAGGACUUUGGAGAUGAGUCCAGCAUUGGUACGGUACUGAUGGAGUUUGUGGGGAGAGAAAACCUACAACAGAUCAUAUACGGGAGUGCUGCGCCGCUGGAAGAGGACCGGUGGCUCAGGUACUCCGAGGACAUUGCGCAUGGCUUGCGGUUCCUUCACUCCCACAACGUUGUGCAUCUCGACAUCAAACCAGCAAACAUUUUAGUUUCAAGUGAAGACGUCUGCAAAAUUGCCGAUUUUGGCUGCUCUUUAAAACUGGACCAUGGUUGUGAAGCCAGCCCUAUCAGCCCUUAUCUGAGCCACGUUGGCGGCACGUACACACACAGAGCCCCGGAGCUGCUGAGAGGUGAGGGGGUCUCUCCUAAAGCAGAUAUUUACUCCUUCGGGAUCACCAUGUGGCAGCUGAUCUCAAGGGAACAGCCUUACACUGGCGAGAGGCAGCACGUGCUGUACGCGGUUGUGGCGCACAAUCUGCGCCCGUCUCUGCACAUAAACUCGGUAUUUCAGUCCAAACUGGGGCAGAGGUGUAAAACUCUUGUGGAGCGGUGCUGGAGCAGGGAUGUCAGCUGUAGACCCACUGCACAUGAGUUGUUACCUCACCUGGAGCAGCUUCGCUCCCAAGUAUGA